UUUCAAUGAGGUCAACAAAUUUUAUAACCCUAUUAGUACUGGAAAAUGAAACAAGAGUUUUCUUGAUUAUUGAAACAAUUGAAAAUAACACAUAGCAGUUUUAUCAUAAACAACCUCACACACAGUGAUGACAAAUGGUUCUCAAUGACCCUGACAACUAAAGCAAAGUAACAAAAACAACAUAAACUCAUAAUCAGAUACAUUUUUUCUUAGAAAAACACAAACAAAAAACCUUCAACUCUAAUCUCUCUUCAAUUUGGAGGUUACAACACUACAUCAUCACCACCAUCACCAUGAUAACAUCUGUGAAGAAUGAUAGUGAUGACAUUGAAUCCAUUGAUCAAGAAAGUGGAGAAGAAACUACUCAUCUAGAUCUAACAGAUUCCUCCAUCAACAACAAGACAAUGCUGCACCAUCUGCAUGCAGAUCAAAAGUCCACCAUUAACAAAAGGUACAUACCCCUUUUGGUAAUCAACUAUCUUUUCCUCUUUCUAGGCUCACUUUCUUCAAGUUUACUCUCUAAGUACUAUUUCAUCCACAAAGGUUCAAGUAGAUGGGUUUCAACUUGGGUUCAAUCUUCUGGUUUUCCUCUCUUGAUUAUCCCUAUUUUGUCACCUUACUAUCUCUUUCAAUCAACAAAAAGAAAACCCUUUUCUGAUUUCAACCCAAAAAUGUUAACUUUUUCUGUUUCAAUCGGUGUUAUGUUGGGAGUUAAUAACCUUUUCUUCUCAUGGGGAAAUUCUUAUCUCCCUGUUUCAACCUCUGCUCUGUUGUUAUCUUCCAACCUUGUUUUCAACCUUGUUCUCUCUGUCAUCAUUGUGAAGCAAAAAGUAACCUUUUCAAAUCUCAACUGUGUCAUGCUUCUUACAUUAAGCUCAAUCCUUCUAGCAUUGGAUUCUAGCAACGAAAAACCAAACGGGCUAACGAAAAAAGAGUAUUUCGUUGGAUUCUUUUGCACCAUCAGUGCAGGGUUGUUGUUUGCUCUGUAUUUGCCAGUGAUGGAGAAGGUUUACAAAGAGGUUUACUGUUACGAAAUGGUGAUGGAAAUGCAGUUUAUAAUGGAGAUUGCAGCGACGGUUUUAGCGACGGCGGGAAUGGCGUGGGAUGGUGGAUUUUCUGAGAUGAAGAGAGAAAGUGAAGAGGUUUUUGAUAAGGGGAGUAGAGUUUAUUGGGUGACAGUUAUGGCGAAUGUGGUGACAUGGCAGUUUUGUUUCAUGGGAACUGCUGGGAUGGUGUUUUUGACAUCUUCAUUAACUGGUGGUAUUUGUAUGACAGCAUUGUUGUCUAUGAAUGUGUUGGGUGGUGUUUUGGUUUUUAGAGAUUCAUUCGGUGGUAUUAAGGCUGUUUCAACUGUUUUGUGCAUGUGGGGAUUUUGUUCUUAUGUUUAUGGAAUGUAUGUUAAGAUGUUGAAAGAGAAAGGAAGAAUGAGGAACCAGAAUGAGUCAUCUACUGAGAUGAUUUACAUAGGGAAUCAUGAUGAUGUGACUGAUUGAAAACAUUUGUAUCAAGUUUAUGAUUUCAAAGCUAGUUUGAUUAGGACUCAAGGUAUUAUGGGACUUGAAUAUGGAUGGGACUUUUGGGUUUGAGUUCCAUAAGUGCUUUUUGAGUUCUUGAUUGGAGAAUCAUCCUUCACCCUGAAUUUCUAUUAUGAAAAUAAUUUGGUUGUUAGUUACUACUUUAGUAGUACAUGUGAAAUUAUAGAUGGUUGAACCUUCAACUCGCAAAUAAGUUUGAGAUUGAGUUUAAAAUUUCACAAAGGGUUUGUAAAUCAUCAAAGAUGUUGAGAUUCUCUAGAUCAUCGAAGAUGUUCAAGUUUUGUGAAAAUGUCUCCUCAAAUUUUGAUCUA